GCAACACCUACGCCAAACUCUCUACUCGCAGUGAUCCCUUUGAUCUACCCAACGACGACCGGGUCUCUAAAAACCCCUACUUUCGACGCCUCUAUAGCCCGCCAUUUCGCCACGAUGCCAGGCAAAAUCAUCCCCGUAACCUCGUCCUCGCACUUCUCCCAACUUCUGUCGCAGUCCAAAUACACGAUUGUCGACUUCUACGCAGACUGGUGUGGACCAUGUAAAGCCAUCGCGCCUGUAUUUCAGAGCCUGGCAGAGAAGGAGACGAAGCCGGGCAAGAUGCAGUUCGUCAAGGUAGACGUGGACAGUCAGCAAGAGGUUGCGAAGAAGUAUGGCGUCACAGCUAUGCCGACCUUCCUCGUACUCAAAUCCGGUUCCGUUGUCGACACAAUUCGUGGCGCCAACCCCGCAGCCCUCACAGCCGCCGUGCGCAAAGCCGCCAGUGACACUUCUGGUCCCGGCGCCUCUUCUACUGUCUUCCAGACCAAAGGGCGCACCCUUGGUUCAGCCGCCGAACCCAGCCGCCCAGUAGGCGAGAGCCCGUUCGCCGGUAUACAACGGAUGCUGAUGGGUAACGGCGGGUUGACUGAUGUGCUGGUGAGAUUUGCGGCGCUAUACUUCAUCAGCUUGUUUGCAUUUGAUUCAUUCAAGGCUGCUGAGGAAAGCGCAUUCAACGUCAAAGCCAGGCGGUAG